AUGCCGUCGCGAGAAGUUAUGGCUGCCGGAGAAAAGACAACCGAGCUACACACCACUACACAAAAAACAACGCUAAAUAAAUACAACCAAAGUCAUCUGUUGAAUUUUUGGAAUGAGCUGACAGAGAAUCAGCGUGCUCAUUUGAUGGACGAUAUUUUGGAAUUUAAUUUAUCAGAGAUUACUUCCUACUUUAAAAGAGCCACCGAGUCUUCGGAAAAUAAUAAUAAAUUAUUGGACGACCGAAUCCAGCCGAUAGAAGAUGAAGCGAUUGCCUCGGCUUCCAGUUGUGAUGGUGCUCUUCUGAAAAAAUAUCAAGACAUCGGGCUCCGCGAAAUAGCUGCUGGACGGGUUGGUGUUCUUGUUCUGGCUGGUGGUCAAGGCACUAGGCUGGGUGUCACUUAUCCUAAAGGAAUGUACGAUGUUGGACUCCCGUCACACAAGAGCUUGUUUCAGUUGCAAGCUGAAAAAAUUAAGCGAUUAGAGAAUAUGGCUGAAGAAAAGUAUGGAAAAUGUCAAGGGAUCACUUUAUAUUUGAUGACAAGCGAAGCCACUCACGAGUCAACGCUUGAAUAUUUUAAGGAGAACAAUUAUUUUGGAUUGAAUAAAAAUAAUGUCAAAGCUUUCAAGCAGGGAAUGAUACCUUGCUUUGGAUUCGAUGGAAAAAUAUUGUUGGAUGAAAAGCACGCGCUGUCAAAAGCCCCCGAUGGUAAUGGCGGGCUUUAUCGCGCGUUAAAAGUACAGGGAAUACUCCAAGAUAUGGCUGAGCGUGGUAUUAACAGUGUACACGCUCAUUCUGUUGAUAAUAUUUUGAUAAAAGUCGCGGAUCCUGUUUUCAUUGGCUAUUGCGUUGAUAAAGGAGCCGACUGCGGAGUUAAAGUUGUUGAUAAAGCUGACCCCAGUGAAGCUGUUGGAGUUGUUUGUCAGGUUGAUGGCAAGUAUCAAGUGGUCGAGUACAGUGAAAUUUCGAAAAAAACCUCAGAAUUAAGACGUCCUAAUGGCAAGCUUGUUUUCAACGCUGGUAACAUCUGUAAUCAUUACUUCACGCUCGAUUUCUUCCGUAAUAUAGCGGAUUAUCAUGAAGAGGAAUUACCACUUCACGUUGCGAAGAAAAAAAUUCCUUACACAGACAGUAACGGUGUGAGACAUAAACCGAGCAGCCCUAAUGGGAUUAAGAUUGAAAAAUUCAUUUUCGACGUGAUCAGAUUUUCUAAAAAGUUUGCAGCUUGGGAAGCGCCGCGAGAAGCUGAAUUUAGUCCGCUGAAAAAUGCUGAUUCUGCUGGUCAGGAUUGCCCGUCAACAUCUCGUCGUGAUUUACUAACGCUUCACAAAACGUGGCUUUUAAACGCCGGAGCUAAGUCUGUACAAGGGGACGUUGAAAUCUCACCGUUACUGUCUUACGCUGAUGCUAAAGCUGUGAUCGAGAGUGGCAAAAACCAAUCGCAUAUAAAUUACUCCUUAUUAAUAUUGGAACAAUGUCUUGACACUUACACCGUGGAUGAAUUAUUCCUGAGCUUCAAUGGAGGUAAAGAUUGCACAGUAAUACUCCAUUUGACAGCUGCCUUAUUAAAAUUACGUGGCUUGUCGCCGUUAAAGUGUCUUUACGUCACCGAGGAUCCGUUUCCUGAGAUGGAUGAGUUUGUCGACAAAGCUUCUCAGUAUUACGAAAUAAAAUUAAUCCGAAAGAAGAAACCGAUAAAAACAGCUGUAGCGAGUCUUUUGGAGGAAGAUAAAAAUUUGAAAGCUACCUUGAUGGGCAUUAGAAAAGACGAUCCAGGUUCGCAGUCCUUGGAGCCGUUUAAAUACACCGACGCAGACUGGCCGAAGAUCAUGAGAGUCAGUCCGAUUCUUGAUUGGUCUUACAGCCAAAUUUGGGAGUUUAUUCUGAAGCACCAGGUCCCGUAUUGCUCGCUGUAUGACCAAGGGUACACCAGUCUUGGCAACAAGACAUCUACCAGUCCCAAUUCUCUGCUGCGAGACCCCGAUGAUCCAGCUCGUUACCUUCCAGCGUAUAAGCUCAAGGACAAUUUUGUGCGAUAUGUUUGUGGUUGUGGAUCAUUGAAACCUAUUUCUCGGAUUUAUUUUUGUCGACAUUGUUUAAAGAUUAGGUGUGGUUAUUGUGUUUCUCAUGAGGUUGACUCUCAUUACUGUCCAAAUUGUUUAGAAAAUUUACCAUCCUCUGAAGUGCGACUGAAGAAAAACAAAUGCUCUAACUGUUUCGACUGUCCUUGUUGUUUCCAAACACUAACUAUUCGCGCUGGUCACCCGCCAAUAAGACCAGCUGCGACUGCCGAAGAUGCUAAAGCAACACCUAAGAAGGUUUAUUAUUUGUGCUGCUCGUUGUGUCGAUGGAGUUCUCGAGAUGCGGGAAUUCCCGAUCAGUUUGUUGCGACGGGAGGUUGGCCGGAGCAAGAAAAUCCUCACGCGGCUAGAAUAACUGCACUGAUUGACUUUCACAAAAUAUUGGCUUCGCGUGAGCGUCAAAAUCAAGAACGUAAAAAGUUUGAUCCAAAAAGAACUUCUCUGCAAUUUUUUGGACUAACAUCUGCAAUGGCUCGCAAACGAGCUGGACUUCCAAUAGUCUCAGAAGCUAAAUGGCAACAAUCCAAUUUUCCUCAACCUUCUGUUGCUUCUGAAGAAGUCGAGGAACUUCCUGCGUCUAUCUUUUCUUCUCCAGUUGACAUAACAAAAAUUACAACAUUAGAUCAACGAUUGCAGCAUCCAGAAGUCCAAACUGAGAAAAUUUACGAGCUAAGACCGCAGCAUAAAAAAUUUCCUGUAAAAAGAUCCCAGAGAUGUCGAGCUUGUGAGCACAAUGUCAGCAAGCCGGAGUUUUCGCCUCAAUCCAUCAAGUUUAAAAUUCAACUGGCUGCUUUCUAUCAUGUACCAGAAGUACGAAUCGGCUGUGAGUCGCCGAAUUUAUUACCGUCUGUGGUGAGACAAGCGUCUGUACUGGAAGAUCCAAAGCCAGUGAAGAUCAUUUCUGGAGCAACCAUUGAAUUGCCAACUGGUCCAGUGAUUCUAGCUCCGCGCGACGAUGCGGCUGAGUACGACGAUACUGGAGAUACACAAACAUUCCCAGACGAUCCCAAAUUGGUAGUCUGGCGAAAGGGUAACAAAGCAGUUCUGAAAUUACGAGUAACACCUCUUGUUCCUGAGGAAGGCAAGGAGAAGGAACCAAUUAUUGUUGGAUUAGUUAUGCAGUACGGAUAUAUAAAUACAAUUGCAACUCUGGAGCACAAGACGCCGCAAAAAGUUGAUUUAAAAGUUAAAUUAUUUCUCACGCUUGAUAAACUUAAGAAAUGUUAA